AUGACGAAACUCAGGGCCGAGAUUGAUCUCUUGGCCUUGGGGAUAAGCGGCCUCCGCCCCAAAAGGGCGGUAACCGGGGCUCUCAUCUUAGAGGUCCCUGGGGAAGGAGGGGCUGAGAGGGCCCAAAAACUGGUCCCUCUCAUGGAGGCCGCAUUAGCGGGAUCAGGUGUGAGGGUCGCCAGGCCCGUGAGGCGCGCGGAGUUGCGCGUCACGGGUCUGGUGGAAGCCACCACCAAGGAGGAGAUUGGCAAGGUGGGUGACCCCGGGGGCAACGUGCGCGGCCCGAUACUGAUGAGCUGGGCGGAGGGCCUGGGGCUUCGUCUAUUAAACGAUGGCUCCGGGCCCACGUGCGUGCGGUCGCAGGGGACAUCAUAUGUGGAUGUCGUUCGCAUCCCCUGCGGUCGCCGACACGGUGAUCGGAUGGGGGUCCUGGACGAGGAGACGCUGUCUGACCACCGGUAUAUCCGGUUGGUGGUCUCCUCGCCCGGGGGCGGGAUCCGGCGCCGUGCCCGCCCAGAGGGCAGCUCGCCGCGAUGGGCGCUUCGGCGCCUAGACCGAGAUGCGCUUGGGGCGGCUGUCGUGGCGGUAGCUUGGUCCCAGAAUAUAGAGGGACCAUGUCGGGACGUGGAGGAGGAAGCGAAAUGGCUCCGGGGUGUCAUGGCCGACAUCUCGGAUGCGGGGAUGCCCCGGACGGGACGCGCUCCUCCGCGUCGGUCGGUGUACUGGUGGAGCCCGGAAAUAGACAGUCUCCGGGCUAGGUGCAACACGGUACGCAGCCGGUACGCCGACGCCCGCCGCAAACAAAGUGGCGGGUCCGACACCGCGGCGACGGCGGCACUUGGUGAGGCUUAUCGCGAGGCGCGACGAGGCCUCACCAAGGCCAUAGAGGGGGCCAAGGCGAAGGCCUGGGCUGAGCUCCUGGCGACAUUAGAUGCUGAUCCAUGGGGGCGUCCAUAUAAAAUGGUGCGGAAUAAACUCCGCACCUGGACGCCCCCAGUUACGGAAAUGCUCGACCCCCAAUUUCUGGGGGGCGUGAUUAAUACCCUUUUCCCGGUGGUGCCGGGAGAGGGGACUCGCCCUCCGGAAUCGUCGGACCUGACUGAUUGGUCCGACGAACUGGGGGUCACGGAGGAGGAGCUCGCCGUGCUGUGGAUCGGACGGGGCUAA